AUGCUUGCGUGGAGGGCCGCCACAAGGCCAACAAGCUCUCUUAGCCGCAAUUUCCAAGCCCCAAGGCGACGGAUAAUACACAACGCGUCCUUCAGCGCCAGGCCAGCCGGUUUAGCUUCAAAAUUUUUCUUCAGGAAGGAUGGAACUCCGAGGUCUAAAGUAAAAGGUCUGGUCAUCGGUGCCGCAGCCUUUUCAACGCUCACGUUGAUGUACGCCAUGCUGGACUUGAUCCACGAGUACGACCAAACGAACUACCUCUUAACGUGCCUCAUCCACAUCCAACGAGCCGACGGCGAUUUUGGCGCUGUAGAUCUUCUAGAGCCGUCCGCUGCCUUGUCAUACUUCCGAGAACUCUGCUCUUCAUUCACGGACGUUCCCCCAGACGUGAUUGACAACUUUUUCCAGGAUGUGACGCGUCUCGUUCGGUCUCAAGGGGAGCCUGCUGUCAAGGCGCAUACAGUGCUGAGGGAGGUGUCGGAGAAGGUGCAUGAGAUUUUAGUGAAGAGCAAGGGUGCGGAGGCUUGGGAUACUGCGGUUGAUGUGAUUCGGACUUUGGAUGGGGCUAUUAUUGAUUUGGCGGAUUUGGUGGAGGAGGCGGUUGGAGAGGACGAUGAUGGAAAGUUUGUUAUGUAUCAGCGGAUAAAGGAGCAGAAGGCAAAGGACCCGGGAUCGAGGAGUAACGAUUAUGAUAUCAUUGGAUGAACGCUCUUUGCAACCUGUACAAAAUUAUAUCUAUCAUAGAUCCUAAUCAUUAUUCUUGCAUGUCGGAC